CUGGACGAAGUUCCUCAAUAACGUGUAUCCUCCCUUCGGCGUCCCGUUUGUAAAUCCCCAUCGACUUCUUCGCGUGGAAGAGAUCCAUUGCCAUUGUCUCCGAAUUAAGAAGCUUGAAGACAGAAGUAAAUGGCUGGACCGAGGAUUGCUCAUGCUACCUUGAAAGGGCCAAGUGUUGUGAAGGAGAUAUGCAUUGGCUUCGUACUUGCUCUUGCCGCUGGCAGUGUGUGGAAGAUGCAUCACUGGAAUGAACAGAGGAAAGUCAGGACCUUUUAUGAUUUACUAGAGAAAGGUGAGAUUAGUGUUAUUGCAGAGGAAGAGUAAACCUCAUGCCUUGUGUCUGUGACAUCCAUUUAUCAGCCAUUUUUCUACUAUUUGAUGGGCUCUUUAAAUCAGAUGAGCUGAACUUAUUGUAAGAUUUAAAAGAAUAAGUUUCAUGCACUGAGUUGUGGACUAUAUUGUUGGCUUGGAAAUUUUAUGAAGUUUUGCUCUAUUUUCUUUC